AUGUCUGCGAAUACGGAGAACGAGGAUUUAAGAAAAGAGAGAGCAAAAUGCAACUUCAACAUAGAAGAACUGACUUAUUUGUUAGACGAUGGAUACGAAAACACUAAACGAAGGAGGUAUUUAGAAAAUAAAGUUCUCAGUACAGAGGGUCUCUUGGAUGAGAUACCAGAAGAAUACCUCAGUCACAAGGAGAAAUAUGAAAACGUGAUACGAAAAUGUGUGAAAUUAAAUCGAGUCCUUCUGAAGUAUGAUGAACUGAGAGACAAACCUAUGGACGAGAAGAUUAAAGCAAGUCUUCGUGACACGGUAUCAUUAGCUGUAACGAAAGACAACUCCCCUAUGAUGCUCCACGCGGGUAUGUUCUUGAUGGCCAUUGAAGGACACGCAAAUGAGAAACAACAGGAAUAUUGGCUUAAAAGGGGAAGAAAUAUGGAAAUUAUAGGGACUUACGCUCAGACUGAAUUGGGCCAUGGGACCUUUUUGAGAGGCUUAGAAUUACGAGCAACUUAUGAUGAAAAGACUGAACAAUUUAUUUUGCAUAGUCCUACAUUAACUUCUUACAAGUGGUGGCCUGGAGGACUGGCUCACACAGCAAAUUACGCUAUUGUUAUGGCACAACUUUAUAUAAAGGAUAAGUGCUAUGGCAUGCAACCUUUUAUGGUACAGCUACGGGAUGAAGAAACACACAUGCCUCUCCCGGGGAUAAAGAUUGGGGAAAUUGGACCUAAACUUGGUUUCAAUACAGUUAAUAAUGGAUUUCUUGGUUUUGAGAAUGUGAGAAUACCGCGGGACAGAAUGCUCAUGAAAAAUGCGCAAGUUUUGAAGGAUGGAACAUUUAUAGCGUCCCCGAGCAGCAAAUUAGCGUACAGUACGAUGGUGAACGUUCGUGUGAUGAUUGUGAAUACAGUUUCCAAGUAUUUGUCAUCAGCAGCCACCAUCGCCGUACGAUAUGCUGCUGUCAGGAGACAAUCGCAAAUGAAACCUGGUGAACCGGAACCCCAAAUCUUGGACUACGUGACACAGCAGCACAAGCUGAUGAUCGCUAUCGCUACCAGCCACGCCUAUCACUUUACAGUACGUUGGCUCUACAAUGUGUCUGACGCUGUUAAAGAGAACCUUCUUAAGGGUCAACUGGACACAUUGCCUGAGCUUCACGUUCUGGCCUGCGCUAUGAAAGUGUUGAGUUCUUCGGAGUGUACUUCCCUGGUGGAAGUCUGUCGUCGGGCUUGCGGCGGUCACGGGUACAUGCUGUCCUCCAACCUACCGCAGCUGUAUGGAGUAUGCACUGCUACCAUGACCUACGAGGGAGAGAAUACGGUGCUGUUGUUACAAGUAGCCAGAUCUCUUGUGAAAGCUUGGGACCGAGCAACUAAAGGUCAACCUUUGAGUCCAUCAAUGUCUUACAUUUCAAACAAAACAUCAGCAGCCAAGUGGGACUCUUCACUCGAUGGAAUAGUUAGAAAUUUCCAGAUCGUAUCUAGAAGCAAAUUGGCAUCGAGCGUGGCAAGUUUUGAGCAAUAUCUGAAGUCUGGUUUAUCUUACGAAGACGCCUGGAACAAAGCUUCUGUACAACUGACAGCUGCGGCUGAGGCUCACGGCAGGGCUAUAGUUCUAUCAAUAUACAAACAACAAAUUGAAAAGCUAGCACGUAAUAUGUCAUCACCUCUGAGAGAUGUUCUGCAUCAACUUCUAGAGCUUUAUAUGGUUUAUUGGACACUGGAGAAAGUCGGCGAUUUACUAUUGUAUACACAAAUAUCGGAGAAAGACGUCAAGGCAUUGCAAAGGCGAUAUGAAGAUCUAUUGGAGAUUUUGCGACCAAAUGCAGUUGGAUUGGUUGAUGCUUUUGACAUAAGAGAUGAGGUCCUCUGUUCAACACUGGGUUCGUACGACGGUCGCGUGUACGAACGCCUUAUGGAAGAGGCAAUGAAGAGUCCUCUGAACAAAGAACCUGUGAACGAAACUUUCCACAAAUAUCUUAAACCUUUUAUGCGUGGGAAACUUUAA